CAGUUGGCAUUUGCUCCUCCCCAGGUGAGGGGUGCGUUGGUGUUUUUAUCUAUCUGUAGCACAGGUAGUGCUCAUUGCAGCGAUGGACCUCAGAGGGUUUACUCUACUUCUACUUGUGAUUGCCACAGUCCUCCUCAGCGCUGAUGGAAGUCCUCCUAAGUGCUGUGUGGCUGUUUCAAAGCACAUCCCACGCAAAAUGAUCGGGAAAGUUAUAAGAUAUGAGAAGCAGAGCAGCUCGGGACUAUGUGACAUCGAUGCUCUCAUAUUAUACAUAAAGACAUCCAAGAAGGUCAGAAAAGUCUGCGCCCAUCCAAAGGUUAUGAGACUGCUGAAUCUAUGGAUGAAAAAGAACCGAAUGUUCUCUUCAAAGAGUGCAGCACCAUGAACCCUGUAUGCAGGACAAGGCCUCUGAGGACAACUUUGCCAUUCCAUGUUUCUUGGCACGCUUGCUAUUGCACCUCAAACAUACAAAUAACAUAACAUAUAAUAAUACAAAACAAUUUGCUGUGGCUGAAAUGCUUUGUAUUUGGCAGCUAAUUAACUCUUUGUUUCACUGAAUAAAGUUGACUAUCCUAA